GGUGGAUAUCCGCACGCAGUGACUCGUUUGCGGCCCUUUUCCGUCGCGGUGAAGUGUGGUGUGCGUCUCUGUACACAAGAUGACCGAGUGGGAGACUGCCCCAGCUGUUGCUGAAACCCCAGAGAUCAAGCUCUUUGGGAAGUGGAGCACGGAUGAUGUCCAGAUCAAUGACAUCUCCCUGCAGGACUACAUUGCUGUAAAGGAGAAGUACGCCAAGUACCUCCCCCACUCCGGAGGGCGCUAUGCCGCCAAGCGUUUCCGCAAGGCGCAGUGCCCCAUUGUGGAGCGCCUCACCAACUCCAUGAUGAUGCACGGCCGCAACAACGGCAAGAAGCUGAUGACCGUCCGCAUCGUUAAGCAUGCCUUCGAGAUCAUCCACCUGCUCACCGGAGAGAAUCCCCUCCAGGUCCUGGUGAACGCCAUCAUCAACAGCGGGCCUCGUGAGGACUCCACCCGUAUCGGUCGGGCUGGAACCGUGAGGCGGCAGGCUGUGGACGUGUCCCCCCUGCGCAGAGUCAACCAGGCUAUCUGGCUGCUCUGCACAGGCGCAAGAGAGGCUGCCUUCAGGAAUAUUAAGACCAUCGCCGAGUGUCUCGCCGAUGAGCUCAUCAACGCAGCGAAGGGUUCAUCCAACUCCUAUGCCAUCAAAAAGAAGGAUGAGUUGGAGAGAGUGGCCAAAUCCAACCGUUAAAUUUUGCUUUACAGGUUGAAAUAAAGUCGUCUCCCAAUGUUGA